CCAGAACAACGCCAAAAGAAGCUAAGCUGUCUACUAGAAUACAUACACUUUAUGUACCAAGACGAAUAUGGACGAGGUUGACUCAUUGUUGCAGCGGAGAAAAACACGCUUGCAAUAUAUUAAAUAUCUUUUUAAACCUGGUGAGCUUGUUGUUGAAUGGAAAGACGGAGAUAUCAGAGGAUUCCGUACCAACUUUGAGUUCACUGGCCCUGUUGUGCAAAAGAACGGGGAAAAGAGAAAAAAACCAGCAUUAAAUUAUGCAGAGGCGCUAAGGGCAAUCCUAGAGGAUGCUGAGCAACAUUCAACAGAGGUCAAGGACGGUGUCCACAUGUGGAAAACCUUGGGUUGCUCGUGGAAAUUUGACAGAACAUUCUCGCGGGUUUACUCGACUCUUGAAUUAGCUCUCAGGAUUCAAGAAAAGCAAGAAUACCUUGAUGUGGAUAUAAGUGACCUCGAUAUUUUCCCUCUGGCCUUUGCAGAUGAAAGCCUGAAACAGCGACUUGAGAAACGCGGCAAAAUGUUCUGGAAAUGCAGGUUUCAACAUUUUGUAUCGUGUAAUGAUGACAACAGCCAAGACCUGGAUAGUUCAGCCGAUGAACGUUUCAUGAUCGAUCUGAUGACAUACCGAGAGCUCCACGAGCAGCAAUCUGAAGGGCAAAAAUCUCAUGUGCCAGAAGUCUUUAAGGAUGAUUUGGGUCCGGAUACAAUGAAACAUGAAGAUCCUCCUGAUGAAAAGUUUAUUUACUUGCUUUUGUCGUCUAUUAAAGGCUUCAACUUACAGCGAAAACGCUGGGCUGAUCUACAGGUCGAUAAAAUGAAUGACGUCGUCUGGAACAAAAAAGCAUUCAAAAGCCUUGUCCUCGAACACAAGACUAAGGACCUUAUCCAGGCUUUGAUAAGCAAGCAGCUAGACUCAGAAAAGUCUACAGACUUGAUUCACGGGAAAGGUAACGGUCUGAUCCUGCUACUUCACGCCGGACUUGGGACCGGCAAGACUCUCACAGCAGAGAGUGUAGCAGAGAUUCCGGAGAAGCCCUUAUAUCGAGUUACUUGCGGAGAUAUUGGGACUGAGCCAGAACAAGUGGAAACGUACCUCGAAUCAGUACUACAUCUUGGCAAGAUCUGGAAGUGUGUUGUGUCUUGCUAGACGAAGCUGAUGUCUUCCUAGAGCAGCGAAGCUUGGAUGAUUUGCGGCGAAAUGCAUUUGUAUCAAUUUUCCUGAGAGUUCUAGAGUAUUAUGAUGGCAUCCUUAUACUUACUAGUAAUCGUGUUGGAAAGUUUGACGAGGCUUUCAAGUCUCGUAUCCAGCUUGCGCUUCACUAUCCGAAACUUGAUGAAAGGAAGCGUGCAAAGGUUUGGGAUAACUUUAUCGAACGGCUUGAAUGUUUUAAAGAAGAAAAUAUUGACUUUAUCGACUUGAGAGAUAACGUUUGGAAACUUGCUAAAAAUAAGAUGAACGGGAGAGAGAUUCGAAAUGCUAUUACACUUGCUCGACAAUAUACACAGUGGAUGGAAAAAUCCUUAAAUUUUGUCGAAUUACAAGAUAUUAUAAAAAUAUCUGGGCAAUUUGAUAUAUACUUAUCUCAGCUGAAUUGCGAUAUAACGCAAGAGCAGCUCGCUGAAGAUGAUGGGUUGAGAUUAGCAGAAGCUGAUAAAUAG